AUGCCGUCGCGCACUCGACCUCCUGCCGACGCGGACGAGGACACUGGCCUUCGCAGCCUGUCCUUCAAUCAACCGCUGUCGUGGCGCGUGGGGCGCUCCGCCAUCCCUAUCGCCGAUCUACUGGAGCGCCUUCAAACUCUCGCCCAGGAAUUGCGCAAGCUUGAACAGGAAGAAAUUGACAAGGAAUCUUUGCGCAAGGUCUCUCAGGAACUCGCCAGCGCGCACUUGCUUGCCCACAAGGAUAAGGGUGUGCGAGCGUGGGCCACAUGCUGCAUCGUCGAUGUCUUGCGACUCUGCGCGCCCGACGCGCCUUUUACACGGAACCAGCUUAAGGAUAUUUUCACAUGUAUCAUCACAUCGAUUAUCCCCGCACUGGCCGAUCCGUCCAAUGCCUACAAUGCCCAGCACAUCUAUGUCUUGGGCUCGCUCGCCGAGGUUAAGAGCAUUGUCCUAAUGACUGAUCUCGACCAUCCCGAUUCGCUCAUCGUUCCCCUCUUCACCAGCUGCUUCGACAUCGUCUCGGGCUCUUCCAAGGCCUCCACCGGUGAGGAAGUCGCAAAGGGCGUCGAAUUUGACAUGACCCGGCUGCUGGUCACCGUGAUCGAUGAAACGCCCGUUUUGGCUCCGGAGGUGGUGGAUACUAUUGUGGCACAGUUCUUGCGGGUCGACCCCCGCGUGCUGGACAACCCGAGGAAGGGCAAGCGAGGGGAUGGUCCGAUUGAUGCUAAGCAGGACACUCUGUUGCUGAAGGAUUACCCGCCUGCCUACAAUAUGGCCAAGGCCAUUUGCCAGGCCUGUCCCGAGCGAAUGACCAGCCAUAUCAGCCAGUACUUCAACAAUGUCAUCAUCGACGCCUCCGCCCAGUCCGGUCAGACAAAUGGCAACAAGCAGGGCGUUCGGAAGACAGGCCUGGAUGAUUCGGACGAGGAAGGAGAAGAUAUAAAGGAAUUGAGCAAGGCGCACCGUCUGAUUCGGGAACUCUGGCGCGCCUGCCCUGAAGUGUUGCAGAAUGUCAUUCCUCAAGUCGAAGCUGAAUUGUCUGCAGAGUCCGUGGCACUGCGUUUACUCGCUACUCAAACCAUUGGUGAUCUUGCGGCGGGCAUCGGCGUUGCCGGCCCCCCUCCGGCACCUCCCAUGGAUCCAGUGACAUACCCCCCGGUGACGCUGGAGGAAUAUCCACAGACAAUCCCUCAACCCAAUGUCCUCCUUACGCCCCUGUCUCCCAAGCCCUUCUCUCAAGUCCAUGUCUCAGCUUAUGAUGCAUUCUUGAGCCGCCGACUGGACAAGACCCCUUCAGUGCGCGCUGCAUGGGUCACUGUUGUUGGACGGAUCCUCCUGACUUCGGCUGGAGGCUCUGGUCUAAGUGAAAACGAGGAGCAAGGUCUCGUUCAAAGCCUAGCUAUCAUGCUUCAGGAUGCCGACGAGAAAGUCCGCCUCGCUGCGGUGGAUGCCGUUGGACAGUUUGGCUAUUCCCACAUUGUUAACAAGCUGGGUGUAAACGGCGGCUGCUCAUCACCCGGCUCGGUGCUUGCGGCUCUUUCGGAACGACCAAAAGAUCGCAGACCCCAAGUGCGCGAACAUUCAACCAAAGUCCUGGCUCGUAUCUGGGCGGUGGCGGCUGGUGAUAUCGAGCAGAAUACCGAGCCUGUUGCUUCUUUGUUGAAGGAUGCACCUUCGAAGAUCUUUGAUGCUUUCUAUACAAACGAUCAGGAGGUUCAUGUGCUCAUCGACCGAGUGAUGUUUGAGACGCUUCUCCCCCUCAACUACCCCCCCAUCAAGUCAAACAAGUCUCGGGGCGCCUCCAGCCAGUCUCGAAAGCAGAAGGACAGUCAACCAUCUGAAGAAGAAAACGAUGUCGACAAGAUCCGUGUGCGUCGUAUCCUUACAUUGCUUCGAGGGUUGGACGAAAAGGCUAGGAAAGUAUUUUUUGUCAUGCUGGCCCGUCAAUUGCAACUGAGGUCGGCCGUGACAAUGUACUUGGAUUCAUGUGAGAAAUACAAUGGUGGCGUGAUUGACAAAAACGAAGAUCAAACCAAGGCACAACUAUCGAGAAUCAUUGACUCAUUGUCCAAGCUUUUCCCCGAUCCCUCACGAUCAUCUGCAGACUUGUGGAAAUUUGCUAAGGUCCAUGAUCGGCGCAGUUAUCAACUGACCCGCUUCGCCAUGGCUGCUGCCAGCGACUAUCGUACUGUGAUCAAGGCCAUUAGGGAGCUUCAGCGACGUGCACAAAGUGCCAACAAUGCGCCUCUGCUUGAAACCUUGACACCUCUGCUAUACCGCUGCGGGUCUUUGAUCUUCAACCGGAGUCACAUUCCUGCGAUCAUGAGCCUGUCUCGGACCGAUGAGAACGGCCUGGCCAAUGCCGCUCAGGAGAUGCUGAAGGAGAUCUCCACUCAAAACCCGGAGGUGCUUGAGGCACAGGUACAAGAAAUGUGCAAGGACCUGGAAGCGCAGGCCCCGAAGGCCAACUCUCCCGGCGAUGACAGCAAUGAAGACAUCCUCAAGGCUUGUGCGGGCUUCGCUAAGAAGCUUCCAGCCAAGCUUCCCAAAGAACGCAAGUUCUUCCAAGCGCUCACAGGCUACGCCCUUUACAGUUCUUCGCCACGGUCUGCGAAACACGCCGUCUCAGUUCUCAUGGCCACGGCCGACAAGAAGGAGAUGUAUGCGAAGGAUCUGGUCCAGAAAUGUGUCAAGAAAUGGACCUACGGCUCUGAUCACUUCCUUACUCGUCUUGCUGCUUUGUCGCAGCUGAACCUGCUCGCUCCGAGGGAAGCAGACGAAGAGAGCGAUGCUAUCAUUUCCAUUGCUAUCAACAAGAUUCUUCUUACCAACCUUUCCCCCGAGACGGAUUCUAAAUACCUUUGGUCUGACACAGCCGACGACGAGACACAAGCCAAGGAGUGGGCCCUCAAGGUCAUUGUUAACCGUCUCCGGGCACAGGACGGAGCUGAUAAUGAAGCGGAUUUCCGUGCCCUUGCCAAGCCUGUAUAUGACACCUUGAACAAGCUUGUGGCUGGCGAGGGUGAACUGUCCAAGAAAAAAGAUACCCCGGCGACCCAGAAGUCCCGGCUCCGGCUUCUUGCUGCCAAGUCUAUAGUCAAGUUGUGUGCUUCCAGCAUUCUGUGUGACUCACUGUUGACUCCUGCAGACUUCAAUUCUGUUGCCCUGGUCGCUCAGGACCCUCUACUGGAAGUCCGCAGUGGAUUUGUCAACCAUCUCAAGAAGAAAUUGGUGCAAAAGUCUCACCUCAGCCAUCGCUGGUACAUUGUUCCUUGCCUGCUUGGCUUUGAGCCGAGCAGAGGCUUCAAGGAAAGCACGCUCACGUGGCUGCGAUCUCGCGCUGCGUAUUUCUCCCAAAAAGCCCAGGCCAGUGGAAAGCGCACAGAACAGAACAUGGUGAUGGAGAUGAUCUUCUCCCGUCUUUUAUCUCUGCUUGCUUAUCACCCAGACUACCCAUCUGACGACCUGGAUGAGUCAACAAAGCUCGCUGAUCUCAGCGACUUUUCUCAGUACAUCCUCUUCUAUCUCUCCGCAGUGGCCAACGAGCACAACAUGUCAUUGAUCUUCCACGUUGGUCAGCGCGUUAAGCAAUUCCGCGAUGGCAUCACCAAAUCCGACGAGAUUUCCACCCGUCUCCAUACGCUGUCCGAUCUGGCCCAGGCGGUCAUCCGACGCUUUGCCGACAUAUACUCCCAACAACACAAGUUCGGUGGUGCCGCCGGUGGAACCAACAUUCUGCAGACCUACCCUGGAAAGAUGGGUGUUCCCAGCACACUGUUCGCCAGCAUUCCCAACCACCGCGAGGCUCAGGAUGUUGCCGACAAGAACUUCCUCCCUGACGAGAUGGACGAUUUGUUGGAUCGCGUUGUGCGUGCUUCAAUGAAAUCCAAGGGUUCUUCCGGCACGCACGCUUCCGCCAAGAAACGCAAGCAGGAGUCCCUGGGUGCCAGCGGCCAUUCGUCGGCAGCCAAGAAGGCACGGAAGGAGAAGUCCGCUCGCCCGCCACGCAAGUCUUCUUCAUCUGUGGGUGUGUCAAGCAAGGCUCCCAGGCGCAAGCGCAAGGGUGAAGAUGACUGGUCGUCUGAUGGUGGUGCUGGGGAUGAUGUGCCUGCCUCCGCUCGCCGACGCAGCAGCCGGGGAACUGUAAAGCAUGAUGUCAGCUAUGCAGACAAGGACAGUGAUGAAGAAGAUGAGGAGAUGCAGCAGUGGGACCAGGCCAAGGCUGAAGAUGACGAUGCCGAAGAGGAAGACGAGGAUGAAGAGAUGGAGGACGAUGACAACGCCGAGGAAGAGGAAGAGGAAGAGGACAACGUCAAAGUCGGCGAGACUAGUGAGAAGGAAAACUCACCCCCACCCCCAAGGCGAGGCGGCAAAGGGUCCAAGGCGAAGGAAAACCAGGCCAAGAAACCGGUGACGACCACCUUGCCCUCGCGCCGGUCAUCUCGGCGGGGCUGA